AUGGAUUGCUUUGAGGAGCUUCCAGCGGAGAUCAAAUUCCACAUAUUUGAGCAACUCGACUCACUGAGCGAUGCAGCAUCUCUCGUCGGGGCUUCUCCGUCAGUACGAGCUUGCUACCAAGCAAACCGAGACAAGCUCCUCAGACACAAUAUUUCCUACAUCCGAGAGAUAUUCUAUAAUGACGAGCUCAUCCCUUUGGCUUUGAUGGUUGCGAGGAUACGACGUCGCUUGCAAAGGCGCCGAAACACAUAUCCCGUGGUCAGACUUCUGGAACAUUAUAUUCAUGGAGGCCACACUACAUUGUUCCGGCUCACGUUUGAAAACUGGGAAAAGAACCUCACACAGAUUCAAGAUCUUGUCAAUAUGAGCACCGAGAUUCUGGAGCUUUGUCCGACGCCAUGCUACCCCCCGUCAGACGGAUGCACUAAGCUUCUCCUAUCUAGGCUGGGGCACCACCGAUUCGUGGAAACCUAUCUCCGCCAAGAGAUCAGUCACAAUUUGAAGCGCCAUGACGACAUCAUAAGACUUCCACACGAAGACGAUUUUAGUCAUGAGCUAUCGGUGUUCUUGUUCACGACCAACUUUGCGGGGAACAGGCUGCCUAAUAAUUACACUGCUAGCGUGGUAGACUUGAAUGUCUAUUUCGGUCGGCUUGGUGCUAAAACCUUCCAAGUGGCAGGUUUUGAUAUCGAAGAUCUCUUGCCCGGACCGAGGAUGUCGAGAGAUAGGAAGCAUGAGAUACAAAGCUGGAGAGAUAAGCGAAAAAAAGCCUGGAAGGAGGAGGAUGAGAAGGUUGGGAAUGGGCAAAUGGUGGUAUACGAUGUCUACGGGGAUCUCCUCGCAGCCGAUGAAGUUGCUCAAAUGGGUCAAGUUGAUUAA